AUGGUUAAUGUGUCAUUAACAACAGGUCAUUUCCCAAAUGCAUGGAAAGAAGCUCUUGUCAGUCCGCUGUUCCAGAAAGGAUGCGAAGAUAUGGAAUACAAGAACUUGAGACCUAUAAGUAAUCUGCAAUUUGUUUCCAAAAUUACCGAGAGAGCAGCGUCUGAUCAAAUCUAUAACCAUAUUGUGGCUAAUAAUGUGUUUCCCCCACUACAGUCUGCUUACAGGAAACACCAUAGCACAGAAACGGCGCUCCUUAAAGUUAUAAACGGUAUCCACGUUAACAUGAACAAUCAACAGGUAACGUUAUUAGUAUUUCUGGAUUUGAGCUCCGCAUUUGAUACUAUUGACCAUGAUAUUUUGAUUAAUCGUAUACAAACAAGUUUUGGUAUAACAGACACUGCUUUACUGUGGUUAAAAUCAUACCUAUCUGGCCGCUCUAUACGUGUCAUUAUUGAUGAAAGUACAUCGGAACUGUUCCACAGGGAUCAUGUCUGGGCCCAUUAUUGUUUACCGUUUAUGCUAGCAAACUCUUUGAAGUGGUAAAACAUCACCUACCAAAUGCGUAUGCUGAUGAUACCAAGCUUUAUCUAGCGUUCAAACCUGAAACCACACAAUGUCAAGAAGACGCGAUGGAAGCUAUGGAGAAAUGUAUCAAAGCCGUAAGAGCAUGGAUGGUAACUGAUAAAUUGAACGAAGGAAAAACAGAAUUCAUGAUUAUUGGGACUCGUCAACAGCUGAAGAAAGUCACAGUUGACCAGUUAUUGGUUGGCGACAUGCGUGUUACUCCUGUUAGCAAUGUGAAAGACCUUGGAGUAUGGUUGGAUUCUCAUCUCAAGUUUGAUGUACAUAUUACUAAAACGUGCAGGACCGCUUAUUAUUUUCUUCAUAACAUCAGAAGAAUAAGGAAAUAUUUAACACAUCAUACUGCUCAAAUCUUGGUGCAUGCUCUGGUGAUUGGACGGAUUGAUUAUUGCAAUUCUUUGUUCUAUGGUCUUCCAAAAACUCAGACCAAGAAAUUGCAAAGAGUACAGAACAUGGCCACUAGACUUAUUACUAAUUCUCCACGCUAUUGUCAUAUCACUCCUAUUCUGUAUCGACUCCACUGGCUGCCAAUAGAAUAUCGAAUUAAAUUUAAAAUACUGCUGAUAACAUUUAAGGCUAUCCAUGACUUGGCACCGGACUAUAUUAAGGAUCUUAUUAACAUGAAAAACGCGUCCGCCCACAACCUCAGAUCAGACUGUCGUUUCCUACUAGCUCCGCCAACAUUCAACUCAAAGAAGACAACUGGAGAUAGAACUUUUGUUGUGGCAGCACCAACCUUAUGGAACGAACUUCCAUCUGAUAUCACAAGGGAAAAUAACAUUAAUACUUAUAAGAACCGACUUAAAACUCAUUUGUUUACAGAAGCAUACGCUACUUUUUAAAUUGAACGAUUGUCUUUUUCUUGUUUACAUUUUUAAUAUUUACAUUUUUAAUAUUUUAGUAUAUUCCAUAUUUAUACAUUAUAGUGUACAUUUAUUAUAUUUUGAAAUUUGUAAAGCGCAUUAGAUCAUAUAUCAAUGUUAUUUUGUGCUAUAUAAAUAUUAAAAUUAUUAUAAAUUAUAAUUCUUCUCGUCUGGAAUUACAAAAGCGUUCAUUUUCUAGAGUUGGUACUUUAAUUUGGAAAAGCAUUGAUCUUAAUCUUCCCUCAUCUUGUAAACAGACUUUGAAAUCCAAUCUUCCCUCAUCUUGUAAACAGAUUUUUAAAUAUUUUAAAUCUAAAUCUUUUUAACCAUAUUUAAAAUUCAAAAUGACUAUGUUGAUGUGCCCAUGAUAAUUGAAAUGUUGCCUAAUGUAACCACAAUAUAAUCUUCAACUCUCUAAUUACUUUAAAAAAAAAUUGUGUCAUGUAUAAUAUUUUUCAUUUAAAAAUUAUAGCCAAUCGUAAUCUAAAAUCUUGUUCUGUAAAUAGUUUACCUUAUUCUCAAUAUAAAUCAGUUGUAUGAUAUUAUUUAAGUAGAUUCAAUUGCUUGCUAUUGCAGGAUUUGAAUGUUGUAUUGUCAUGUGUAUUAUUCAAAUAAAGUUGUAAUGUAUUGUAUUGUUUUUCCCAGUAAAAGACGUUAGUGAAGCCCGUGUUGUAAUAUGACAAUUGGGAAAAUAUUUCAACUGAAAGCAGUCAGCCACUCAUUCAUGGAGUUAUUGCCAUUGAAACAAUAUCUUGGCAAUUUUGAAGAACCAGGCAAGUAAAUUGUAAUCUGUAUUAAUUCUAAAUUAUAUGGACAUUAUCUUUCCUCCUCUUCAGAAAAAUAAAUCUUAUUUACUUUAACCUUGUUGUUCAAACUGUUGUUCAGAUUUGCUCAUUAAGUGUGAAUUGGUCAGGGGUAUAUGCUUGAUGCAAACAAGUUUCAUAUUUUAAGGCUUACAAAUUAUAGAAUACAAAAAAACGUAAAAUAAAUGCUAUGUGGAGAAGUGACUAUAUAUGUAUAUAUAUUAAUAUAUAUGUAUAUAUAUGUAUAUAUAUUAAUUUGUUAUUAAUUAUUAGGGAAACAAACAGACAGUUUGCAUAAAUUAGGCAAACAGACAUUUUAGCAUAAAUUAGGGGCGUAGCCAGCCUAGACCUAGGCCUUCUAGUCUUAUUUAUAUUUUUUAAUAUUCAGUGCUUUUUCACAUGAAAAGACUGGGACUAGGUGAUUUGGGGGCGGGGCGAAGGAAGCAAGCCUAGAAGGCCUAGUGGAUUUCCCAACAACAAGGCCAAAACUCCCCUGAAACUGCCCUGGUUGCGAAAUGCCCAAUUAUUGCGUUCUCGAACAGAAUUAUUUGCAACUUAACGGCGAAUUUAAACCGAUACAGGUAAAAUAAACUUAUUUAUAGUAUAAACUUACUAUUUUUAUUUGUAUACACGUCUAGAAAAUCGGGGGUUUUAUCAUAAAGUUUGAAGCAACACUGUCUAUUAUUUAAUAUGUUGACAAGGUGUAGCGAAAGAACAAAAUGAGUCAAAAUAUAUACCAAAAGUAGAAUCUUUCAUGAAAUUUUGUCUUAUACACAAGUACAUUAAUAUAUAUUUUCUCAAUUUUGGCAAGAAGCAGUCUUGUGUUUGUAAAAUAUACAAAAUAAAACGGAUACAUAUAUUAUUAGCCCGUACAGUACUGUAUAUAAAAACGUACAUUGUUUAUACAAAUGGUAUAUCUGUAAUAUUUGAACAAUAAUUUCAAAAUCCUCAUUCCCAAUUCGCAAAUAUAGUUAUUCAAAGCAAAACAGUAGAUUGUCUUGCGAAUAAAAGAAUUAUUAUUUUGUGCCGUUUCGCUACACCUUGUCAACAUAUAUAAAUAGUGUUGCUUCAAACUUUAUGAUAAAAAACCCGAUUUUCUAGACGUGUAUACAAAUAAAAAUAGUAAGUUUAUACUAUAAAUGAGUUUAUUUUACCUGUAUCGGUUUAAAUUCGCUGUUAAGUUGCAAAUAAUUCUGUUUGAGAACGCAACAAUUGGGCAUUUCGCAAUCAGGGCAGUUUCAGGGCAGUUUUGGCCUUGUUGUUGGGAAAUCCACUAGGCCUUCUACAUUUUCGCUUGCGUUAGGCUUGUGUCCUUCCUCCGCCCCGCCCCCAAAUUACCUAGUCCCAGUCUUUUCAUGUGAAAAAACGCUGAAUAUUAAAAAAAUAUAAAUAAAAAUAGAAGGCCUAGGUCUAGGCUGGGGCGUAGCCAGGACAGUGUUUUGGUGUAUUUCGAGCAUGGAGAUUGUAAAAUAAAGAGUUGAGUUUUAUAGCUGUUUUUCGUUGUUCUUUAAUCGAAAGUUUUAUAGUCUCGUGAACAUUUGGCAAUCCUGCCAGGACGUGUAUAGUGUACCGUUAUUCGAAUGUGAUCGAUACAAUAUGACAACUGAAAUAACCAGAGAAAAUAGUGAAAUUAUAAACGAACAAAACAGUGAAGCGUCGCUAGAAAAUAUACAGCCAACAACAACGCUACAGAUUGAAAGUUCUGAGCACGGUGAGGAAAUCGUUCUUUUAAAAAGGCAGAAACAUGCCUUUAAAGCCAAACUUACAAGGCUUAAACAUCAAAUCGAAAUUGAAAAGCUAUGUAUUACUGAUUCGGUCGAAGUAACUGAGGUUGAAUCGAAAGUAGAGCAACUAUGGGAAAAUUUAGAAGAAACACACGAAGUUAUAGACAAAAUAACUCAGUAUUAUAUAACUGUCGGUCAGCUUGAAAAACAGUUAGAAUCGAGUAAAGAAUCGGACGAUAUUGAAGCAGAAAUUUCUAAGGCAAUAGAAAAUGCACAAAGCUAA